CUAGACUAGGAAAGACAAUGAGGAAAACUCUGUUCUACUUUCUAAACAUUUCAAAAUUAUCCAUUAUUUUAAUCAUAAAGUUAGAUCCUUUUUUCUAAUCUUCCUUUUUGAAAUCCAAUGACUUGUUCCAUAUCUCUCUUUCUCCAGCUAUUAUUGUCUUUCCUCACUAACCAUUAUAUAUACUCUCAUACACAUAUUUAUACGACACAAUUCAUCAUAAUUCACAAUCUACAGCCAAUAUAAGAGCUAAAACUUUGCACAAACUUCUACACCAAACAAAGAUUAAAAGAGAGAAAAACAAACAAAAUUCAAAAACAAUAAGAUGGGAAGAGCACCUUGCUGUGAUAAAGCCAACGUAAAGAAAGGUCCUUGGUCACCUGAAGAAGAUGCAACUCUCAAGGCUUAUAUUGAGCAAAAGGGCACAGGAGGUAACUGGAUCGCGCUGCCACUGAAAAUUGGCCUUAAGAGAUGUGGAAAAAGCUGCCGACUUCGAUGGUUGAAUUAUCUCCGACCUAAUAUCAAGCAUGGAGGGUUCACUGAAGAUGAAGAAAAUAUCAUCUGCAGCUUGUACCUCAGUAUUGGAAGCAGAUGGUCUAUCAUUGCUGCACAAUUACCUGGAAGAACCGACAAUGAUAUCAAGAAUUACUGGAACACAAGGCUGAAGAAGAAGCUGAUGGCUAAGCAAAGGAAGGAACAAACAGCUUGCCGUAUCAUUGAGCAGGAGAUUAAGAGAGAGAGCGAGACUUUUAUGGUUAAUCAAACCUUGAAUCAAGUACCUUACUGGGCUGAGCAACAAACAUCCAUGCCCAUGAUGCACCCAAGUCUUGCAGCUCAUCAUCUCGGAAAUCAAGAUCAGCUCACAAGACUACUGACCAAGAUCGGGGGACAGUUUUAUGACGAUUCUCAACUCAUAAACAACGGUGGCAGUUACCAAUAUCCCACUCAAGACCAGCUUUAUGUUCUAGACUCGUCUAAUGCUCAAGCAUCUUCAGCAGUAGCCAUAAAUUCCACGACGAAUGUGAAUUUUACCCAAUGGCUAAACAUGGAAUAUGAUGCAAAUGGUGUGAGCAUGAAUAUACAUCAAGGACAGGAGAGUUUUCCUCCAGAAUUUGAAGCAUACUUAAGUAAUCAGUUAAGGUUUGAUGGAAACGAGAGCUUUUCUGGUGUUGAGGUAGGCAACAACAGUAGCACCACAAGCAAUUCCGCAGGCAGCAGCAGCUGGGAAGACAUGAGCUCCCUAGUCAACACACCUGCAUCUAGUUUCGACGCUUAUCAGAAUGGGAUGCUGUAGGCUCUAUUGAGACCCAGGUUCUUAGGAUAGCAAUAAUAAGAGUAGCAUAAUAUGGUGUAAAUUAUUUGUACCAGCGGAAUUCUGGAUAAGGUUCACAGUAAAUUUCAUUGAUAUAUCAUGUGAUUUUUGUAUGAAAAAUGCAUAUGUUUGUGAUU